GUCGACACCGGUGAAAGGAACAAUUCAGUAGAAGGCGAAUUUACCGUUCAGGUGGAAAAUGGCGAAGAAAAGCGUUGGAGCCGUGAUUCACGGGGUUGAAGAUAUGCGAAUGGAACAAGUUCCAAUUCCUACUCCACGAGAUAAUGAGGUGUUGCUGGAGAUGGAUUGUGUUGGAAUCUGUGGAACGGAUGUUCACGUACUGACGCACGGAGGAUUUGGAGAGUACAAAUUGCAGCAGCCAAUGGUGAUUGGACACGAGUCUUCCGGUGUGGUGAUCGGCACCGGCAAGGGAGUGAAGCGAUUGAAAGUUGGUGAUCGCGUUGCAGUCGAACCGGCUAUUGGCUGUAAGGUGUGCAAAUUGUGUAAGCUCGGGCGUUACAAUCUUUGCCCGGAUGGGAUCUACAGUGCAACUCCACCGAUCCAUGGUACUUUACAGAAUUACUACACCCAUGUAGAAGAUUGCUGUUUCAAGCUUCCGCCGAAUGUUACCAUGGAGGAAGGUGCACUGCUGGAGCCUUUGGCAGUGGGCGUUCACAGUUGUCGAAUCGCCGGGGUUACUCUGGGUUCAAACGUGCUUGUGCUUGGAGCUGGACCAAUUGGAAUGGUGACAGUUUUAGUGGCAAAAGCAAUGGGAGCCGCGAAGAUUUGUGUUCUCGAUUUGGUACAGAGCAAACUGAAUAUUGCUAAAGACAUUGGCGCUGAUGUCACGUUGCUUAUUAAGAAGGGCGACAAAGAGGAUGACAUCGUCAAGAAGAUCCAUCAGUUGUUGGGGGUCGCUCCGGACAUAUCGAUCGAGUGCACAGGAGCCGAACCAUGCGUCCGAAUUGGUAUUUUGGCAACCGACAUCGGAGGCGUGCUCACGCUGGUGGGAAUUGGAUCGACCAACAUGAAUCUACCGAUAACGAUCGCUCUGGUUCGUGAGGUUGAAAUUCGCUCCGGGUUUCGCUACGCUAACGCCUAUCCCGCGGCAUUGGCUAUGGUGGCUAACGGGACGAUCGACGCUACGAAGCUGAUAACGCAUCAUUUCGAUCUGAGUCAGUCGGUAGAGGCAUUCAAAACUGCUCGUUACGGCUUGGAAGGGGCAAUCAAGGUUAUGAUCCACUGUCAACCGAGGAAUAAGAACAACUCGGUGAAGAAGCUAUAAGCCGAUUUGCAGUGUGGAAUCUUGAAGAAUCUCGGAUUAAUAAAUAGUGGUAUAAGUGCUUUGCAAUAGCAUGAUGUAUUAACACUACCACACCACCGAAACGACGUCACAACUUUAUCUCCCUUCAUCUUACCACAAAAUAACAAUCAAAAAAAUGUAUUGGACAACGUCCAUUCGUCAGUGCUAUUAAAUCGGUUUAAUUUAGUUUAGUUCUUGCACCACAAAAUAGUUCACAAACAGUUAGAAAACAAAAUAAAUGCUAUUAUUAGCACGCCCUUGCACUUAAAUGUAACCUAAUGACCAUGUUUGUUGUGUUCGUUGCGAUAAUGAGAUAAUGAUUUGCUUCGUUGGAUUGCAAAUGAUGCCGCCAAUCAUCAUUUGAAUAAUUAUUAGGCGGUGAUCACUGCAGAAUGAGCUGAUGGAGAACAGCUCGUCAAGAUACCUAACUGUGAUUCCGAUUAAUUUGUUCUGCCCGAUGAAAAGAGGAAAUAUAUAAUG